ACACGUUACAGCUAAAAUGAUUGGAAGUAUUAGUCUCCUGUUUGUGUUGAUUGGAAGUGCCUUCGGGUACUUUCACGGCGUAGAUCCCAAUGCACUAAAAUGCGACCCAACUGGCAUGGUCAGUCUACUUCUGCCACACUUUACGGAUUGUAGCAAAUUCUAUAUGUGCGCCCAUGGCUCUGAAGUUGAAUUUCGUUGCCCUCCGGACACCAUAUUCGACUUUCCAAUUCAGACUUGCAAUUGGCCAUGGGCAACGAAGUGCUGGCUCAGAAAGGGCACUGACGACAAUAUUGAAGGUUCCGGUGAAGACGAGUUUGUUCCACCUCCAAAAGAGGUUGAAAUCGUAAUAAAGCCAGCAUCAACUGAGACGAUGAUGUCCGGUCGUCUUGACUGCCACAAUCUAGAUACAGCUUCUCGGAGAGUUGGAUUCAAAGGGGACUGUCAAAGAUACUGGAGCUGUACAGCUGGUUCACCCCAUGCUUACUACUGUUCUGAUGGUCUCUUUUUCAACGAAGAAAAGCAAGAAUGUGACUUUGAAGCUAACUCCAAAUGUAUUGACGAAAAUAUUGACGAACUACACACAGAAUUUAUUGAAUACAAAUAAAAAUAAUACCCUUUGCUAGUUCCUAAUGAAAUUGAUUAGACAGCUAAAUAUCUGAACAGAUUUACUUUAUUAUUUUUUUUAACUUCAAAUUCAUGUGUUAUUCAUGAAAUCAAGAUGUUGUCAUUUCUAUGCAACCAUUUUUUUCUUAUAAUUUACAAUUUGAAAAUAUCAAUCAAUUUUACAAUGGGAACUGGUUUCAACUGAUGAAUCAAUUUCGGAAUGUUUUGAAAAUAUGUAUUCCAUCUAUUUCAUUAUUUGUUAAACUUUAAAUUUUAAAGAAUCUUGGUAAAAAACUUUUUGGAUUAGUCUUUUUGUUACUCAAGUAUUUUUCUGUUAAAUUAGGGAAAAUAAAUAAUUUGAGGUAGCAAUAUUACUCAAUAACAAUGUACAUAAUCUAACCAAUUGACGCAACCGUCUAUCGACAAGUACAGAUUAAAUACAAUUUGUAAAUUGUCUAAAUUCAAAACUUUCCGUGCAUUCACAGCCAAAAACAAAAUAUUUGCAUGUUAGUCGACAAUACGGUGGCUAAUAUUUAUAAUAAUACUGGUAUUCGAAUCGUUGCCAUGGUGACAGUAUUAUUUUAAUAUUAAAGCAAUAAAACAACUCAAGUA